UUGUUGAGUAGCAAAUAUCAAAGAUAUGAAUUAUUUGUACUAUGCAAAAAUAGUCCCAAUUUGAAUCCUAGUUUAUUUGAUCAUCUAAGAUAUUUAUUUUAGUAUAUCUAACUCAUUUACUAUUGUCAACUAUUCUACAUGAACCGGUGGAGAUAAUAACUCCCAUGGGUGGUUUAUCUUAUUCAUAUAUAAUAUAUAUAUACGACUUUCAUGAACUGUUCCUCUAUCUGAUCAUUCGUUCUAACACCAAAGCAAAGAAAAGUAAGAGUUUCUUAAGCAUAAAGAGGCGAAGGUCCAAUGUCUUCUCUACGUGAUGGAGCCCUCUGUUCUAGAAAGAGAUAUCAGAUGAACGUCAAUGGAGAAACGUUUCAUGGUUCCUUCAAAAGGAUCAAACAAGGAGAUCAGACACAGGCCCAACUUGAGAAGAACACUACUAUGUUCUAUCAGAGAUCAAAGUCAGAGAACGCCAAGUUGAUGAAGCCUGAUGUUCAGCUUCAUCUAGACACUAAGGGCCAUUCAGAGUCAUUUGAAGAUCGUAGGACUUACUUGGACCUUGAGCUAAAUCUUUCUUUAUCAGCAAGUUCGACAGUAAAAGAAAUCAUGAAGAAAGACGAGUGUUCAAAAGGAAAAACUUUGAUCAUGGCCCCAAGUAAUAAAGGAAAACCAGGUGAUAUAAGGCUAAGUCGAUCCCCGUCUUGGCUAGAGUUUGAAGGCGAUGAUGAUAAUGAUGAUGACAAGAAGCAAGAGAUGGUAACAACGGUGUGCAUGAAGUGUCACAUGCUAGUUAUGCUCUGCAAAUCAACUCUCGUGUGUCCUAACUGCAAGUUCAUACACCCUGAUGAUCACAGUUCCACAAAACUUUUUAAGCCGUUGAGUUUGUUUAAGCUUUUAUGCUAGGGUUUGCCUUUAAAGGGUAUGUAUGUUGAUUCGAUGUAAUGGGUGGAAGAAUUAAUGUGAAACUAGAUAUGUAUUAUGUAUAUACAAGUCAUGAUAAGUAUUAUCGUGUUCUUAUAUAUGAAUUUGCUGCGUUCAAUU